AUGCUUCGCCAUAAUCCACGACCGCUCAAGCUUCCAUACCCGCUACAUCUGGUGGAUCCACUCCAUCUCCUGUUCAGACCGGCAUUGUCAGUGACUGUAUACGAUUCUACAAAGUCCAGGCCGGCAACGACUGCUAUGAUAUUGCUCAAGAGGCUGGCGUGGCGCUUGAUGACUUCUACACUUGGAAUCCUGCCAUUAAGAGCGACUGCUCAGGUCUACAAUGGGACGUCUUUGUUUGCAUCGGAAAGUCGGGAUACGCAACUACCAUCAGUACCGGCACGCCUGUACCUGUGA